AUGACGAAGACUUGUACCAUCCAAGCAACUGGAAACAUCCGUUACCUUGCAAGUGGCUGGAUUUGGUUCAACUACGAUGACAAGACUGAUGGUCACUACAAAUGGGCUGUUAGCAUCAAGACGGUCCUCACAAACCAGGAUGACCGCUCCAGCUUUGCUGAGUUCAAGGGCUCUAUGCUUACUAAUACUCUUUCCAUCUAUGAGGGCAAUUGCAAUUUAACACAUAUCGAUGAUUCCGACAUCUGA